AGAAAGAGAGAGAGAGAGACCGAGAGAAGAGGAGGGGACAAGCUGACAGCAACACAGGAAGAGCAGGGCUGGCAGACGAUGUGCUGCUAACUGAAGUACUAAUGCUCCAGACCAUUUACGAGGCCGACUCCUGUUUCUCCGCAGACAUCAUCGGGAAACACCGGCUGCCUCUGACCCGUCACGACGCUGACAUGCACAACAUCAACAACUCAGUGGACAUUAAGCCAGAGGUUCCACUGGCUCUUGAUCCGGGCUCCCCACUGGACCUACGUACAGACGUUAGGAUGCAGGUUUCGGCCUCAGAUCCUACUGUGUGGGAAAGACAGCUUCAACAAGAGCUGCUCCUAAUUCAGAAACAGCAGCAGCUUCAGAAACAGUUACUCAUCACUGAGUUCCAGAAGCAGCACGAGAACCUGGUUCGCCAGCAUCAGGCCCAGAUACAAGAGCAUUUGAAGUUGCAGCAGGAACUACUUGCUAUGAAGCAACAACAAGAGCAGCUGGAGAAAGAGAGGAAACUAGAGCUCCAGAGUCAGGAGAGAGAACUGGAGAGACAUCGCCUUGAACAACAAGUCCUGGUCCUCCGCAACAAAGAGAAGAGCAGAGAGAGUAAGAGAGGUGCAGUGGCCAGCAAUGAGGUCAAGCAGAAACUCCAAGAGUUUCUGUUGAGUAAAUCCACCAAAGACAGUACAUCUAAUGGGGUCCCCCCAAAAGUCACACAGAGUUCCAAACUGUGGUACACGGCCUCCCAUCACACCUCUCUGGAGCAAAGUUCACCUCCUUUGGGAGGAGCGUCCUCCUCCUGCAAGAUCUCCCUGCCAUCCCCACAAGACUCCCGGGACGACUUUCCUUUGAGGAAGACAGUCUCAGAGCCCAAUCUGAAGGUGCGGUCCAGGUUAAAGCAGAAGGUUGCAGAGAGGAGGAGCAGCCCGCUUCUCAGGAGGAAGGAAGGGAGCAUCAUGACACCCUUCAAAAAGAGAGCCCUGGAGCUUCUGGAAUCCACAGCCAGCAGCAGUGCACCAGGAUCAGGGCCCAGUUCACCCAACGGGGCCUACAGUGCCUUGGGGGCUGAAAACGGACCCUCCUCACUACCAGUCACCACACGUACAGAGCGGUGGCCAUCACAGCCGAGGUUAUUAGGGCCUGAAAGCUCAGUGUCUAUGCUAAAUCUCUAUACGUCUCCAUCGCUGCCCAAUAUCACCCUGGGUCUCUCAGCUGCCUCUUCUCCCAUCAGUGCUGCUAUAGGACUUCAGGAGAAGCAUUUUGAAGGUGGUGGCGUAUCAGCGUUCAUUCAGGGUUUGACCACCCAACUUCUGCGUCCAGUGCCCCUGUCUGUUGCUAUGGAGACCAAAGUGAGCAGCAGCCACCAAGCUCUCCUGCAGCACCUCCUCCAAAAAGAGCAGCUCCGCCACCAAAAGAUCCUCUCUAUUGGUCAAAGUCCUGUGCAUCCUCCUUCUCCGCUGGCCAUGAUGGAAAGCUCUCCGAGUAGCACCCGACCCAAACUGCCUCGUCACCGGCCCUUAAACCGAACCCAAUCGGCUCCGCUGCCCCAGAGCACACUAGCUCAACUUGUGAUUCAGCAGCAACACCAGAACUUUCUGGAGAAGCAGAAACAGUACCAGCAACAGGUCCACAUCAACAAGAUGAUUUCGAAAUCAAUUGAGCAGCUUCGUCAGCCAAACGCCCACCUGCAGGAGUCAGAGGAGGAAGAGGGAGAGGAUUUUUACGACCAGGCCAUGCAGCAGGACAGAUCGCCCUCUGGUGGCGUCAUCCGGAAGCACAGUCCCGAUAGCAACAUCUAUGCUUCACCCCCAGUCAUCCGGGUGAAAGAGGAGCCCAAUGUCAGUGAUGAUGAGACAAUGGCCAAUCAGAGCCUGGCUGACAAGCAGAGCUCCUACAUUCACCAGGUUAAAGGGAGGGUGGUAAUACAGGCCAUGAUAUGAAAUGACAGAUACGUCUUCACACUUAUACACGAAGGCACAGGCUAACAUACACGCGACAUGCUUACACGACACCGAGCCAUUGCUUUGGGAGCUUCAGAACUGAUCUCAUUCGUGAACUUGUGAAGUGAUCUCUGUAUUGUGCGUUGUAUGUUUUGUACAUAAUUGAAUAAGAUGAGCAUUUCGCUAACUUGGUCUUUUAAAUGCUAAGAAGCAGUUUUUGAUUGUUUGUUGAAAUGAUAAUUUAAGAAAUCCUUUCUACUUUCUACCCACCCUUUGGAAAACAGCAACUCAAAGCUCUUGUAGGAUAUUUAUGUGAUUUUUUUUUUCCCAUGGCACUAUGGAUUUCUUAUAGAUCUUUCUUUGCUUUUUAUGAAUGUUAUUAUAAAGAUAUGUCACAGUUUGUAUAUACAUAUAUAAAAACUUCAUAAUUUGCUGGGAGACUCCCAAAUUGUAUGAAAACAAGUCAGUAACCAUGAAAAUCCACACAACAACAGAAUAAAAUGGUUAUUCUAGGUUCAACACAGGUUAAACUCAAUCGACAGCACUUGUAGGGUAAUGCCGAUUACCACAAAAAAAGAAAAAUUAUACAUAUA